AUGUAUACAGUCACAUGGGACAAGAAUGCGUGAUAUUUUAAUGCAGCAUCAUUAGCAACAUCUGAUGCAACUAAUAUGACACUUCAACGUCAAAUAAAGCAAAUACAUGAAAUAAUUGUUGAUCAUAAAAUGAAACAUUUAUCAAAUUUAUCAAUAUAUCCAUUGAGUCAUUUAGUGAAUUUUUUUAGUCAUAUAACGUCAUCACGUUAUAAUAUUAAUACACCAUUAUUAAAACCAUUUUUUGAACGUUUAAAUUCAUUUAAUAAUCAAACAUUAUUCAGUUUACUUGAUGUAAAUAAUUUAUGA